AUGUCCGCCCAAACGGUCACGUUCCAGCGCCAGUCGACAGAGCCCGCCAGUGUCAUCCGCAUUUACCGUCACGAUGCUGUAGGCGACGCCCCGAUCCCCGUGGACUCGGUUCUUCUGAAGUUCCUAGCUGCUCCUGUGAAUCCCCAGGAUCUGUUGGUGAUUGCCGGCCGGUACCCCGUCCAGCCACACCAUCGCUAUAACAACGAACCCAUCCCAGGAUACGAUGGCGUGGCUCGCGUCGAGCGCGUCGGCACGGACGUUGAUGCGUUGAAGCCCGGGGACCACGUUAUCCCCCGUGCCCACGGCUUGGGGACCUGGCGCACGGAAGCCGUAGUUCCGGCAUCUGCCGUGCUGAAAGUGUCGAAAACUUUGGAGCCAACUACCGCUAGUCUGCUGAAAACGGGUUGCUCGACGGCUUAUCUUCUGUUAGAAAGCUGCCCCUCCCUGCGUCCGGGAGAUUGGGUCGUUCUGAAUGCCGCGACGGGAUGGAUCGCGCGGAUGGUGGUGCAAUUUGCCCUGCUUAAGGGCUGUCCGAGUAUCUGUGUGAUCCGAGACCGGGAUGAUAUCGAGACCACGCGACAGUCACUUCUUGAUCAGGGCGCUCGUGUGGUCGUCACCGAGUCCCAACUCGCCAAAGAAGGCCCGGCCGCGAUCGCGGCUGGGAAGCGUAUUGCCCUCGCAUUGGAUGCGGUCUUCGGACAAUCUGGUCAACGACUCGCCGCCAUGCUCUCGCCGGGGGCUACCUUCAUCAAUUACGGGUCGCUGGGAGGCGCGGGCGGCCAAUUAGUCCUGAACCAGGAGCUAAUCUUCUGGAAACAAAUCACUUUCAAGAACUUCCGACUGUCCCAAGCGCUGAGUCGGUACACCGAGGAGGCACAGAUUGACCUCCUUUCGUGGUUCACCGACCUCUUCGAAGAAGGGAAGAUCACUGCGCCAUCGGUCAACCGCGUGGACUUGGAGGAGGACGGGGAUGGUGGAAAUCUCGAGAGGAAGGUCCAGUCGGUGUUGGCGAGAGUCGGUGGGAAGGUCGGACCGGCCGUCGGGUGCACCAAGCACGUGGUGCAAUUCUGA